AUGUUAAAAAGUAACAAAGAUGAUAACGACGAAGCUUUAACUAAUGAAAUAAAAUUGGAAUCAUCAACCAUCACUGCAACAACACAAACUGCAUCAACUACAAUUACCACCACAAAUAACACUACUGAUGCUGAUAACACUUCCAUUAAAUCACCCAACACAAAAGCAUUAACAAACGAAUCAUCUGAAUGUGUUGUAAAAACAGAAGAAACAUGGACUGAUAAUUCAACAUAUCCCUUUGGUCCUUAUCCUCCAAAACCAGAAAAAGGUUAUGAAGAACACACCUUGGAUCCGGCCCUUUUUAAUGAUCCUUCAAUGAAAUUAAAUCUUGCUGCUAAAAAUACAUCAGUAAACUAUUUUGGUCAACCUCCAGUUGGUGUACCUCGUGAAAUUAAUUAUACAAUGACUCCUACACCACAAGAGUAUGCAACAAUUGCUUUGAAUGGUAAUUUUUCUGUUAUUCAAACUGCAAAUAAUAAUAGCAUGCCGAAUAAACAAAAAUCUCCUUCAAGACAAUCAUCUGCUCCUCAAGAUAUGAUGUCUACUUUUAAUUCAAGAACUGUUCAAUCAACUCCUAAAAGAUAUAAAUGUGAAAUUUGUCAAAAAAGAUUUACAAGACCAAGUUCUCUGCAAACACAUAUGUAUAGUCAUACAGGUGAAAAACUAGAAGAGUGUGGACGUCACUUUUCAGUCGUUAGUAACCUUCGCCGUCACCAAAAAAUUCAUUCAAACAAGGCAGCAUCUAACCCAACACCUAAUGUGACUGAUGCGACACCUUCCACAACUUGA